UUUAUUAAUUUGUAGAAAAAAUUUAAAGUUGUAUUUGUGAUUCAAAUUCAGUUUUUGUCAAGUUUUCAAAUUUUGCGGUAAUAAAAAGCAGACAAAUAGAAACUGUCAGCAGCAAUCAAUGGAGAGUACUCAUAAUAAAGAAAAAAAUGUUUUUAAAACUCAUAAUAAUAAGAAACCAUCUGGUGCUCAAUACAGAAAACGUAAAGCAGAAAAAGUUGAUAAUUUGAAGAAAAAUUAUAAAAAACUUGAAAAUUAUUUUACAUCGGAAAAUAGUGAUUGUAAUAAAAUAAAGGAAGGAGAAAAUGCUGCGCAUGUACUUAGUGAUACAUCAACCAGCGAUGAAGAAGACGGAAUAGUGUCAGUUGGAAAUGUUCACUACGAUGAAAAAGAUAACGAAAAUGAUGAUGGCCAAGACGGUGAUGUAAAUGAUCGCACCAAAGAAACAGCAAUCGAUUACUCAGACUGUGGUAUGUGGCCAAUUCUUCGCAACAUUCAAUUUGUUGAUUAUGUAAUUAAUAUAGGUGCAAUACAAGUUAAUUUGGACACAUAUCCACGCGAUAAUAGAAGACGACAUUUUUCAAAUGCUUAUUACAACCGAAAACUUUCAAAUGGUGAGGUUAUUUCACGACGUUGGCUUGUGUACUCAGUUUAUAAAGAUGCGGUAUUUUGUUUUUGCUGCAAACUUUUUGAUUUCAACAUGAAUUUAAAGUUAAACGGAAAUGGAUUCAAUAAAUGGAAGAAUUUAACAGAAGCAUUAAAAAUUCACGAAAAUAGUAAGUCACACAGAAUUGCUUAUCAACUAUGGAUUGAGACAGAAAUACGAAUGAAAGCUGGAGAAACUAUUGAUAAACAAGAACAAAAACUAAUCGAAAAGGACAGUUUAAGGUGGCGAAGUGUUCUUGAACGAUUGAUGAACAUUACUUUAUACUUGGCAACAAAUAAUAUGGCCUUCAGAGGUUCUUCUGAUAAAUUGUAUGCAGUUAAUAACGGCAAAUUUUUAGGAUUGGUACAAUUACUCGCUAAAUUUGAUCCUAUCAUGUUAAACCACGUCACGCUAGCUCUUAAAGGAGAUAUUUCUGAUCAUUACUGUGGAAAAACCAUUCAAAAUGAAAUGAUAGAUAUAAUGGCAUCAAAAGUAACCAACAUAAUUAUAUCCAAAGCUCUAAAAAGUACAUAUUAUUCUAUUAUUGCUGACUGCACUCCUGACGUAUCUCACAAAGAACAACUCUCGCUUACGAUGGCUUUUUACCUUCCAUGUGGAAGUCAUUCUCUCAAUUUGGUUAUUUGUGACGCAGCGCAGUCUUCACUAAAUUCCAUUAACGUUUUUGGCAUAAUACAAAGAUUAUUCACAUUAUUUUCUGCAUCAACUUCACGCUGGAAUGUUUUACUUAGUCAUACAACAAACUUCACUCUUAAACGAUUAUGCGAGACUCGUUGGGAAGCCAAAAUUGAGAGCCUCAAAGCCAUCCGAUACCAAAUAAGCAGCGUACAUGAUGCUUUAAUUACUAUAUAUGAAACUGAAACCGAAACUCCCGAUAUUGCACACGAAGCGCAAACAUUAGCAGAACAAUUAAAAGACUAUAGUUUUUUAGUUUCUUUAAUUGCAUGGUACAAUGUACUAUUCCAAAUAAACGUUGUUAGUAAAGCAAUGCAAGCCAAAGACAUGGAUCUAGUACAGUGCGCUGAAAUGUUGAAAAAAUGCAUCACAUUUUUGGAAAAUUACAGAACGUUUGGCUUUAAACAAGCAACGGUUGAUGCCAAAGAGUUAGCUGAAGAGUUGAACAUCGAUGCAAUAUUUAAGCCGCUUAAAAGAGUGCGACGAGUGAAACGUCAUUAUGAUGAAAAUGCUUUUGACGAACCAAUUCAAAAUCCCGAGAAGAAACUUGAAGUGACAUUUUUUAACCCUUUAUUAGAUACAUGUCUGUCGUCAAUAAAUGAAAGAUUUGAACAACUUAACGAAUAUGUAAAUAUAUGGAGUUUUUUAUUUUAUUUGGAUAAUUUGCCCAUCAAGAAUGAACUUUUAAAAUUGUGUAAACAAUUACAAGAAAAAUUAACUGUAAAUACAAAAUCAGAAAUCGAUGGUGCUUUGCUAUGCGACGAACUAAUAAGUGUGCAGUUUUUUAUAAAAGAUAAAUUAAGCAAUGUUGAAAAUGAAAUAAAUACAAAAGAGAUGACACCACUUUUUGUACUGAAUCUUAUUAAAAAACAUUGUCUACAAGAGUUAUAUUCAAAUACAUGGAUUGUUCUGCGCAUUCUUCUUACAAUACCUGUUACUGUUGCUAGUGGAGAACGUAGUUUUUCUAAACUGAAGUUAAUCAAAACAUAUUUAAGAAAUACCAUGUUGCAAGAUCGACUUAAUUCUCUAUCUAUGUUAUCAAUCGAGCAAGAUAUAGCUGAAAAUUUAGAUUUUUCUAGUUUGAUAAGAGAUUUCGCGGACAAAAAAGCUAGAAAAGUUAGAUUUUAAAAUUUAAAAUUUAACUCUUGCUUAUAUAGUUAGAGGAUUUAUUAUAUGUUUAAUAAAAACAUUUGUUAUUUUUAAAGCA